UUCUCUAUGGAUAUACGCAAGAAAUGGCCGAUGACAGUAUCAAACAAAAAGAGGGUAGUGUGAAGGAAAAUAUGAUUAUGAAAACUGACAAGAAACCUGAAAAUCUUAGUGGUGACAAACCUUCAGGCGAUAAUGAAGAUUCAGAAUCGCUUGAAGAACAGCCCCUUGAUAUUGGCGAACACUAUUUAGUUAGGAGAUCUGACGAUUCUUGGCAUCCUGCAGAAAUCAUCCAGACAAGGUACAAUGAGCAGGAGAGCCACUAUGAAUACUACGUUCAUUAUGAGGGUUACAAUCGUAGGCUGGAUGAAUGGGUACCACGAGACAGGAUCAUGAGCUCAAGGUUUGACAUGACAGAUCAGCAAUGGAAGAGUGGGGAUAGAGCUAUGAUCGACUUGUUGGAUCAAUCAGACCGCAAGAUAACUCGGAACCAGAAGAGACGACAUGAUGAGAUUAAUCACAUUCAAAAGACAUAUGAAGAAAUGGACCCGACAACUGCUGCUCUAGAAAAAGAACACGAAGCUAUUACCAAAGUGAAAUAUAUCGACAGAGUACAGAUUGGCAGGUUUGAGAUAGACACUUGGUACUUCAGCCCGUAUCCGGACGAGUAUGGAAAACAACCGAAGCUGUGGAUCUGUGAAUACUGCCUUAGGUACAUGAGGCUGGAGAAGUCCUAUAGAUAUCAUAUGAGUGAAUGUAUACUAAGGCAGCCCCCUGGGAAGGAGAUAUACCGCAAGGGCACACUCAGUAUCUGGGAGACAGAUGGGAGCCACCAUAAGACCUACUGCCAGAACCUGUGCUUGUUGGCAAAGUUAUUCCUGGAUCACAAGACCCUUUACUUUGACGUUGAACCAUUCCUUUUCUACAUUCUAUGUGAGGUGGACAAGCAUGGUGCCCAUCUUGUUGGCUACUUUUCCAAGGAGAAGGAGUCACCUGACGGCAACAAUGUGGCCUGCAUCCUGACGUUGCCCCCCUACCAAAGGCAGGGCUACGGUAAGCUGCUGAUCGCAUUCAGCUAUGAGCUCAGUAAAAUAGAGGGUGCUGUAGGCAGUCCAGAGAAACCUUUGUCAGACUUGGGCAAGCUCAGUUACCGCUCCUACUGGUCCUGGGUCCUACUCGAGAUCCUGAGGGACUUCCGGGGUAUUCUUUCCAUCAAGGAUCUCAGCGAGAUGACCAGCAUCACUCAGACUGAUAUAAUCUCGACACUACAGUCAAUGAACAUGGUGAAGUACUGGAAGGGCCAACACGUGAUCUGUGUGACACCCAAGCUGGUCGAUGAACACAUCCGCUCUUCACAGUUCAAGAGGCCUCGGCUCGUAGUGGACACCGCAGCCCUCAAGUGGUCCCCACCCAAGAAGUCCCCACAGAUACGAAUGGGCAAAAAGUAACCUGAACAAUAACCUGUUGGUUUGUGUCAAGGGUAGAAACCACACCGUCACUGUGUUCGUGUCAAGAUCCGGUCCCGGCUCGUCACGACCAGACUGCAGCUUUCUGCUUGUUUCUAUGUCGUAUCUUCACUGUUUGAAGCUCUGCAAUUGUUCGACAUUCUCAUUUUAAUGUCAGUUUAACAUAUUAUUUUUAAUUUGUUGAAUUUUUCACUAUGGUUUGUAAUGCAUUAAACCAUUUUUACAAACAAAA